AUCAGAAAGGAAAUAAUAAUAAUAAUAAUAAUAAUAAAUAAAAUUAAAAGAAAUCUUUCAUCCAAUUUCAACCCAAAACUUACUGUAAAAUUUCUCGUAUCUAUCAACCCAAGGAGGUGGUUAGGAGCUCCCAUCUGAUAAAGGGUCCAACUCUUACUUGAAUCUCUAGAUUUUAACAGUUAAUUCCCAGAAGGAGUAAAUUGACAUCCUAUGGAUACCAGACCACCUUGUGCAAAGGUCUCUCGGGAGCUAGCUCGAGAGCUACUUAUUGCAAUAUCCUAUUGUUCACCAGAGAACGUUCUCAAUUCAGGGUUCCAACCUGAAAACACCAACAAAACAAAUGGCGUUUCACUAGCAAACGGUGAUGGAGCUGAAAGGUAUAGGUCUGAAUUGAUUUCCAUAUCAUAUGCAGAGUCUCCUGAUGCUCUGACGCCUCCAGUUGCUCCCAGAAACCAUCUUGCCUAAGGACUAGAGUUUCCAUAGGAAGCACUCAAGAUGUGAAGUCUGCAACUGAUGUGUUAUAUAACUGUCUGCUGCAAAUAUAAUGUUGGGUUGUUUUGUGUGUCCCUUUCUUUUCGCAUGUCAAUGUAAAUAGGAAAAUGUGAUCCAUACAGCUUAUGGUGUGAUUAAACAGUGUAAUCCAUGAUCGAAUGUACUAAAAAAAUAUGUAAAUAAAAAGAAAAUUGCCAAAAUGAAAAAGCAGAUUUGUU